UGCAGCAGAUGCUCAAUUCAAAUCGCCCCUGUAUUCUCCUUCGUUUCGAUUACUACAAGUUGCUCGUGAAGGAAACGGAGAGGAGUGGAGAGGUAACCCUAACCCCCAAAUCCUGGAGCGCCUCCUUCAAUCCCCAGCACCCCCGGCCGAAAUCCUAAACUCAGACGGCGUCCGGAUCGAUGGCGGGCCGCGCCUCGGUCGAUUCCCCCGGCGACGCCUCCCCCUGGCCGGCGUCGAUUCUCCUCGCCCAGGAGGCGUACGUCGCCGCCAGCAGGAACCACACCACGGCCACAGCCAAAUCGAGGGUCGACCACACCGUGGAGGUCACCUUCUGGAUCGCCGACCCGCCGGCGGUGUCCUUCUACACGUUCCACUGCUCCAAGCCCCCCACCUCCGACUCCGACUCCGAGGACGCCGCCGACUUGCAAGUUCAGCCUCACCUGGUCGGCGCGGAGGGCCGAUUCGUCGUCAUCCGCACCUUCUUCGCUUCCGGCGACGGCGACUUUGAAUACUUCAUCUACAAGGGCGACCCCAGGUCCCCGUCCCUCGAAAGCGUCCCGCUUCCUGAUGAUGAUAGGCUGCACGGAGCCUGCGAGUUUGGGAUCGUGCCCCGCGGGGACGGCGACCAUUAUCUCCUGAUUGCGCUCUGUGACACGGCGACCUUGAAGGAUUACCGACUUCACAUCUACUCGUCUGAGGACAGAGCAUGGAGGACCAAGGAGCUGCUCAAUCCAUGUCCUGGGGUCCUUACGAUUACACAGGACAAGGUGAUGCUGCUCCGAGAUGGCGUGCUGGUGUGGGUCGAUUUGCUGUGCGGCAUGCUGGUGUGUGACGUACUUCAAGAACGAGAACCCCUUCACACGCGCUACAUCCCAUUGCCUGAGCCAUUGCCUAGAAACAGAGAACAAAUUUUGAAGCAGUUAAUCCCGGGAGCUGGCGUCAGGCGUAUUCGGGAUGUCGCCUAUGUCGAUGGUCUGAUCAAGUUUGUUGAGAUGGAACACCGCGUCACUGUAACAGAGAUUGUAGAGGUUCCUCCUGAAAAGCCGUCUGACCCCAGGAACAAGACUGUGCUCUAUGAUUCUGACUUGAUCAUGCUCUACAAGCGCAAACAUGUGGACAACAAGCCCAAGACACUGCGCACAAUGAAUGGUUGGAGUGCCAUGACAUGGACUAGGGAGAUUGGGUCUGACUGUUGGCUCAAGGGAGUCAUUGUUGAUGCUGAUGACAUUUUGGUCGAUGACUCGGCGUUUUCGGGCUUACUCUCUGGCCAAAGGAAUGAAUCCGCCGGGAGCUUGGCUUUCAAGAACAUGCACUCGGCUUGCCCCACCCUGAACACUGAAAGUGGAAGCACCUGGGGCGCACCCUUUUGGAAAAUAUUCUCCUUCGUGUCAAAUGUUCCUUCCGUGUGCAUUGGUGAACCAUCUAAAAAUGACUCCUGGCAUUAAAGUCUCAGCAAUUCAGACAGCACAGACAAGCAGCUCUUCGAAUGAGCCAAAUAAUACAGCUGUCUGUGUCAGUGAGCCUGAUUCCUAUGAAUCUGAAAACAAACGUCCAAGGCUAUUGGCUGAGAAAGCCAACCAUGCACAAAAUUUAGCUCACAGUACUGUACGGAAUGUUCAUAGCUCACAAGCCUGUCCUGAUCAAAACAAUAUGCCUCCACAACGAUGCUUCAACAGGUGGGAGGGGCCUGGUUACGGUGGGUACUCAUCAUGCCCCCCUCAAAACAAUCCGCUACCACAAUGUUUCAACAAGUUCACUGGACCCUGCAACCCUGUGUAUGCACUGUCGGCCCCUGCCCCUAACAUACAUAGCUACGGCAACUAUCAAUUGUUGUGGCAGCAGCCACUACUACCGGAGCAGCAGAUGGCACCUAGCAGGGCAUUUGGACCUCAUGUGGCACCCCAUCCAUACUUCAACAACUGGCGUGGAGCCAGACACCAUGGGAAUUCACAGCAAUACCCUGCCGGUAACUCAUAUUACUAUGGUGCGCACUCAGGCAGUGGCAACCAAGGAUUUGGUUACCGUCCGAUUUACUACGAUCACCGAUACUAACCACGUUUACUGACCCCCUCCGCUUCCCCCUAUUCAGUUGCAGCUUCCCAGUAAACACUUAGUGGUGUUUGGACCUCGUGCGGUAAGACAUCGAGGUAUGUUUCAAACUGAAAUUUAGAUGUGGUUGCACUGUUGGCCUUUAAGAAAACUAUGUACGAAAAUAUUAGCCUCACAUAGUUAGAUACUGUAUAUUGGAGCGUACAAGUAAAGCUGUCCUGUAUUAGUAUUCACGGGUGUGAAAUAUGAAAAAACAGCAACUGUUUUUCUGAAGUGUGAGCACAUCAGUGAAUGGCGCUUAACCUCUUAAAGAGGUACUUUGAAAGAAGCGAAUGUUUGAUAAAGGUGUGGUAAGGGUCAGAGGGUGAUGGAGGGUGGCGGCUCCUUGAAGAAGGAAGAAGGUUCUCCCUCCCUAGCCCUCGCCCCGUGGUGCAUGUAGCAUCGUCGGAGGGCAUGUGAAGGUGUGUCUCCGGUGUAUCUCGCCGGAUUCAGGCUGUAUUUUUCUUCGUUCGUCUAAGUUUGUGUGUUUAUAUGUUGGAUCCUUCCAAUCUAAUCUUCUCUUCAUCGGUGACGGUUACUGUUGGCGUGCUGGUCAUGUUGGUCAUGUGGGGCCUUAACACGACGACUUGACGACUUUCCAACUGUAUACUACAAUGAAGUUUGCCUGGCUCCGAUGAGGAACACCGUCAGCUCGCUCCAGUGAUUGUAGUCGUUGUUGGAUAGAAGGUCUACAGACUUGGUUGUAAUUUAUGUUACUUUUAA